AACACGUGUGUUCGGUGCUUCGAAUCUUUAAAUAACAUAAAUUUAUGAUUUUCGUGUAACGAGUGUAAAAUUAGAGUGACCGAGUGUCGACGUUUUAGAAUUUAUUGACGGUAAAGCAAAACAAACCUCGGCGACAAGAUGAUCGAGUGCCACUAUCAACACUGUGACAGAAAAUUUGACAAGCCGUGGCGGUUAGAUAACCACUUGAAGGAUCACUUGACAAAAGAAGAAAUCAAAUGCACAGAAACAGGUUGUAACAAAAUAUAUCUAGAUCUGCGGCAAUUGAGCAUUCAUAUGAAUAAAGAACAUAAGGCUUCAAGGGAAGAAAAAGCAAAACCUCUUCAUAAAUGUACCCACGAUGGCUGCGAAGCAGUAUUUUCCAGACCCUGGCGACUAAAGAAUCAUAUGAACCAACAUUUAAAUUUGAAACUUCAUAAAUGUGAUCAUGAUGGUUGUGAUAAAGCAUAUUCAAGUCGAGAACAUUUGAAACGUCAUCUUCAGACUCACGCUGCUGUGUCGACCAGUUACCAAUGCCAGAUCUGCUCAGUUAAUAUAAGCACGAUGAGUAAUUUAAAGCGUCAUUACAAACGAGCUCAUGCUACAGAAAAAGAAUUAUUCUGCGAAGAGUGUAAUUUGAGUUUUAGAAAAAAGAGUCGCUUUGAAGAACACAAAGCAUCUCAUAAUAAUUCCCCAGCUUAUGAAUGUGAGAAAUGUGGAAAGAAAUUCAUGAUUCAUCAAAGAUAUACAAGACAUUUAGAAACUCAUGAAAACAACAAUUCUAAAAGUUAUAAAUGUCUGUUUGACACAUGUGAUAAAGUUUUUCCAAAAUGGAGUUUAAUGUUAAAACACAGAACAGAAGAACAUUCUGGGUUUAAAUGUGAAAAAUGUGAUAAAGAAUUUAAGAGUUGGGCAUACCUAUUAAAUCAUCAAAAAGUGCAUUUAGAAGAAAGAAAAGUAAUAUCUUGUCCUUAUCCAAACUGCAAUCGCAUUUACUAUUACAAAAAAAAUUUGACUUCACACAUACGAGUAAAACAUGAGGGUGAAGCGUUUACUUGUGAUAUUUGUGGAAGAAAAUUGAAAAGUAAACUGGGGAUUAAAAAUCACAUUAUGAAUAUCCAUAUGAAAGAACCAAAAAGUAAAAAAAAGAGAAAACCUCAAGCUCCUCGGAAAGAUAUUGGACAACCUGCGCAAUCAAUGUUAACUAAAUUAAUAGGUAUCAAAUUGUCUGUAACAGCUGAAAAACAGCUUAUGCUAAGGGAUCCUGUUGCAUUGCAAAGAGAUUUGCAAGAUGAAAACCUUUCUUUUUCUGAAGAAGAGAAAGUUGUCUCUGACAAUGGCGUUGCUUAGCAUAUGCUUAGUACAAUUUUAUUGAAUGCCUAUUUAGUUUCUAAAAUCGUAUUUCAUGAUAAGUUGAAUAUAAUAUAAUUUUUUUAAAAUAUCUUCUGAGUUUCUUAGCAAUUUUCAAAUUCUGGCUUGAAUUCUGGAAGUAGAUAAACUAAUAAAAAUAGAAAAAUAGUUGAUGACUAUAUGUCUUAACUUGUUUACAAAAUUUGUAUUGAACGUUUUUACUAUUAUAAAAAGUGACAUUAGUGAAAAAGUUGAUUGUUAUUAAAUUUUGUGUUAAAAAAAUGUCAAAGAAGAGAUAAGUAAAUAUUUUAUUAAAAAAAUAUUUAUUUUUCUUUCUAAGUGUAUUUACAUGUACUAUGAAAUUCUCAAUUUUUUCUACUCACAGCGAGUAGCAAAGAACGAGUAUUUUUUUUAAUCGAAAUAGACUUUCAAUAAUCUACCAAUUGUUAAAUACUUGUUAAACAUGACAUUUCAUAUAAUUUUUAUAGAAAAAAAUUGUUCCUUCGACCAAAUAGAC